AUGCGGCGCGGCCUCAUCAGCGUCGCGUCCCUCGCGGAGCAGCUCGUCUCCCGAAAGGACGUGCGCGUGGUCGACGCGACCUGGUUCCUGCCGAACUCGCCCUUCGCCGCGCCGGCGCCCUACGCGAGCGGCCGCGAGGCCUUCGAGGCCGGCCCGCGCGUGCCCGGCGCGGCCUUCUGGGACCUCGACGAGCACAGCGACGCGACCACGGCGCCGGACACGCCGCACAACCUGCCCGACGCGGCCCAGUUCGCCGCGGCCGCGGCCGCGUGCGGCAUCGGCAGCGCGUCGCAACGCGUCGUCUGCUACGACCAGGUGGGCACGUUCUCGUCGCCGCGGCUCUGGCACACGCUGCGCGCCUACGGCUUCGCGGACGUCGCCGUGCUCGACGGGGGGCUCCCGGCCUGGGUCGAGGCCGGCGGCGCGCUCGAGGCCGGCGCGCCGACGGCAGCGCCCGCCGCCGGCGCCGCGCCCCCCCCCUACGCGCUCGUCGCCGGCGCCCAGUGGCGCCUCGGCGACGUGCGGACAUGGCUCAACGCGGACGCGGCGAAACGGCCCCAGUUCGUCGACGCGCGGCCCGCGGGCCGCUUCGAGGGCUCGGCGCCGGAGCCGCGGCCGGGCUGCCGGUCGGGCCACGCGCCGGGCGCUGUGAACGCGCCCUUCCUCGACUUCCUCGAGCCCAACCCGUCGCGCGCCGACGGCGGGCCCGGCGGGCCCUUCCGCGGGGCGACGCUCAAGGACGACCGCGGCGUCGCGGAGGCCUUCGCGGCGGCCGGCGUCGACCCGAAAUCGCCCUGCGCGCUCUCCUGCGGCUCGGGCCUCACGGCCGCCGUCGUCGCCCUCGCGCUCCACCGCCUCGAGGGCAACGACGCGCCCAUCUACGACGGCGCGUGGUGCGAGUACGAGGCCGACGGCGACCUGCCCGUCGUCGAGGGCGCGGCGUGA